AUGCUCAAAGGGGCACAAAUUGAACCACAGAAGCCAGUCAGACCCCGCCGAACAAAUCCCAUCCUCGCAGUCGCCGUCCUCGCCCUCCUCCUCCUCUUCAUCGGCCCGACACCGUUUGCACGACUCUCUCACCUCGACACCAGCCCGUGGUACCUCGUGUACUCGCCCAAGACACCGACUACCAUGUCCAACAUCGCUCGCCCGCAAGGCAAAGUCAACGUCGGCUACUUCCCCAACUGGGCCAUCUACGCUCGGAACUACAAGCCCGACUCGAUUCCGGUCGAAGACCUCACUCAUCUGCUUUACUGCUUCGCGGACGUCAAGGAGGACGGCGAGGUACGCUUGACCGACGCAUGGUCGGAUGAACAGAUCCACUACGCUGGAGACUCGUGGGACGACGGCGGAGCCGCCAAUCUCUACGGCAACCUGAAAGCGCUCUACCUCCUCAAGCAGCGCAAUCGACACCUCAAGGUCCUCCUGUCUAUCGGCGGAUGGACCUACUCCGAGAACGGCCGCUUCGCCCGUCCCGUCUCGACCACGCAAGGCCGGUCCCGCUUCGUCGAGACGGCUGUCAAGCUCGUCGAGGACUACGGACUCGAUGGACUCGACGUCGACUGGGAGUAUCCGCAAAAUGAUGUGGAGGCACAGGACUACGUCGAGCUGUUGCGAAUGUUGCGCGGCGGCUUGGACGAGUUGCAGCGCAAGCUGGGGGUCCAGCCGCCGAGCGGGUUCGAGUUGACGAUUGCGGCCCCCUGCGGACCGAGCAACUUUGAGAAGCUCCGCGUCCGCGAGAUGGACCAGUAUCUCUCCUUCUGGAAUCUCAUGGCGUACGACUAUGCUGGCUCAUGGGACUCGCAAGCCAACCACCAAGCCAACCUCUUCCACCCCGACCCGAACGCACUCUCAACCGAUCGCGCGAUGAGGUUCUUCACAGACCCGAACAAGGGCGGCGUCAAACCUGAGAAGCUCGUGCUCGGUAUCCCGCUGUACGGCCGCUCGUUCCUCAAUACGCAAGGCCCCGGAACGCCUUUCAGCGGCGUCGGACAAGGCUCUUGGGAAGCAGGCUCGUACGACUACAAAGCCCUUCCCCUCCCCGGCGCUGAAGAAGCGUUCGACCAGUCACUCGUCACCGCCUCUUGCUACAACCCCUCGACCCGCGAGUGGAUCUCGUACGACUCCGUCUCCUCUGCUCAGGCAAAGGCUAUCUUCACCUGCGUCAAUGGUCUGGGCGGAGCGAUGUACUGGGAAUUGAGUGGCGACAGGAAGCCGCAGGAAGGGGGGUCGAUCGUCAGGACCGUCAAGGAGGUGUUGGAGACGCAGGGAGGCGGGCUCGACAGGCGGGAGAACUGGCUGCAUUGCCCGACGAGCAAGUGGGAGAACCUCAGGAAGGGGAUGCAGUAG